AGGGAGAUAAUUUAUUUGUUUAUGUCGGUCUUGUGACACCCUCAUCAGGUGGUUAUGAAAAUCUAUAUUAUUUAAAGCAUUUAUAAAAGAAGACAUUGUCACUUAAGGAAAUUUAAUGCAAAAUGUCUGACCAGCCUCCACCAUAUGCAGAAAGGGAGGGACUUCAAGGUCAAGCCAAUAGAGCCUAUGGUGCCAUUCCACCUCCAGCAGGGGCAUUUAAUGACCCUCAUCAAAAACCAGCUGGAGCCUAUGAUCCAAGAUAUCAUAGAGACCCAUCACAGGGAUACAAUCCAACAACAUAUCCCCCACAACCAGGAUAUGCUGGACCUCCAGGACAGGGAUAUCCUGCUGGAGGAUAUGUUGGACCAGCUGGAUAUACUGGUCAAAGUUCAUCGUCGCAGCAACAGAUUAUAGUAGCACAGCAACCACCUACACAUGUAGUGGUUGUUGGAGGUUGUCCUGCAUGUAGGGUAGGGGUGUUAGAAGAGGAUUACACAUGUCUUGGAGUGCUUUGUGCCAUAUUAUUUUUCCCAUUAGGACUUUUGUGCUGUUUAGCAAUGAGACAAAGAAGAUGUCCAAACUGUGGAGCAGUUUUUGAUUGAGUAUAAUAUAAUGUCCAUUAUUCAUAGCGUUGUAUGAAAACCAGAGAGUCAAAUGUUUGUUAAGUGAAUUCUGUAGAAUCAUUAUAGUAUAUGUCCAUUUCACAAAUUCUCCAUUUUUUGUGGAAAGUAUAGAUUUUGUAAAUUUUUUAAAGAUUUCAAUUUUUUUUUUACUAUUGUCAUUUCUUCCCAAAUAAAAGGGUAGAUCUUAACUGUGACAGUUAAAUCUUUAGAUAACUUUACAAUUGAAAAUAGUUUUGUAUAUUGCCAAAUUAAAAGGUAGAGGAUAUUUUUUAAAUGAAAAUACAACACAUUUAUAUUAAAAAACAUAACAGGGUUGUUUGAUCUACCCAAACAUUUUUAGCAAAAAAUUGAGAUCAAAAACAAAAUGGAUUUCCUACACGAUACCUUGCAGUGAAGGGAACUAAUUGUAGAUAAGGUUAAUGAGAUAGGUGAAAUAAGUUAAUUAUGUGAGAUAUCAAGUGUAAUAGCCAUAUGCUAAGAAUACAUUUUUUUUCAUGUUGACAAUAUGGCAUAAGCCUAAAAUACCUGAGUUCAUGUGAAUACUAAUAUCUGUCUCAAAAGGAAAAAAAUUAAUAAUAAUAUGUGAAAAAAAAUAAUUUAACCUUGCAAUUUAUCUUUAAGAGUUUCCUUUACAUUUUGUAUUUGUAUCUAUAUAUUUUCUUGUAAUUUGAUUAUUUUCAUUGAGAAUGAUACAUACAUAUGUGCAGUAAAAUAAAAUAUGAAAAACUUUUAUUGUGAAGUGUGACAGGCAAUUUGUAUAUUAUUUUUACAAGAGAUUUGAAGCAUAAUGAGAAUUUUUAGUAGAUUUUUUAUUAUUAAAGUUUAGUUAGUUUUAUCACAUUAUAACUGCAUAAAUUGUGUUUGUCUUUAAUAUAAAUACUGUAAAUGACCAGCUUUAUAAAGAUUUUAUAUUAUCCUUGAAAGUCAAUUAAAAGAAUUUACACCAAUUUCCUUCAUCCUGAACAUGCAUGAAAUAUUUGCCAUUGGACAUAAUGCAAACAAUAAUCAAUGAAUACACCACUUUUCCCAAUUACUAUUUUAUACAUCUGAUCAAUACAAAAAUGAGUGUGUAUUAACAUAUCAAGUAGCAAAUGAUGUCAGUGUGUCAUAAUUAUAAAAUUUGUGAUUCAAACAACAAAAAGCAUUUAAUAUUUUGAAAUUAAUUUUGUUUUUGCACAAGAUUGUUCACGUCCUUGAACCAUUAAACCAUUGUUAAAUAAGGAUACUACAUUAUUGUAGCUCUCUGAUACAUCUUGUGUUCAGAAGGAGUUUCCAAUAUGUUUUUGAAGUAAGUCAAAUCCUAAAUAUGCCUUCUCCAAUAUAUUUUUGAAGUGAAUUAAGUCCUAGAUAUGCCUUAACAACGGCAGGUUUUGAUAAUGUUAAAAAGAAAUCCUUUACUUGAAGCAAAUAAGAGAAAAAAAUGAUUUAUCAUUUUUGAAUACUAUACAUAUCAGAAUGUAAUACUUCUGGUGUAUUCAAUAAAGUACCUUGUGAUAUUGGGACCAAAAUUAGACAUUCACAGACCUUCAAGCAUGAACUAUUUUAACAUUUAAAAGAAAAAAGGCGAUGAUUUAUUCAACAAUUCUUUUUAACAAUUAUGGUUCUACUUACAAAUGUACAGAAAUGCCUGUAAUCUAUGUAUAAUACAUAUGAACAUACAUUUAAUACUGUAUAACAUGUAUGAAAAGGUUGUAUAAUAUGUAAUAUCAUUUGUAGUCUUGAAAUGUAAUGCUAAGCUUAAUUCCAGAGCUCCAAACUGAUAAAGAGAUUAGAUAAAUAAUUUCUGACAUGUUCUCCUUUGCUUUCUUUUCAGCUUAUGUGGUUUGUAGUUCACAUUCACAGCUAUAUUGUUUUAAUAAAAAAUUAUAUUUUAGUUUGUAUAGUUGUAAAUUUCUGACAUAAAUAUUUCAAUAACCAAAAAAAUCCUUAGCUUCAACUGAUUAUGAUUGAUUAGCAUAGGAUAUCAAGUUCUGAUUGAAGACAGCUGGUUUUGAUUGCUGAGGGGGGUGACAGCUUUUAGGAUGUGGGAUAUAGAGGGUAACAAAAGUGGGAUCUGGGAAGAAGGCAGAAAAGGUGGGAAGUUGGAAAACUUACUGAAAAAAGGCAGGAUUUUGGAAAUGAGCACUCCUGUGUCCCCCUCUCCCAUUGCUUUUUACCCUUAAAAAAAUUAGCAGAUAUAAUUGAAACUGGAUAUACUACAUAUAUAUAUAUAUAAACAAGUCUAAAUUGAAAACAAAGUUCAAACCUAUGAUUGUGUUGGAUAAAAACCGCAAUUUUCAUACGUGUGCAUGUAAAACAAAUUUCUUGGUAGAGGGGUCUAAAUACAGCACAAACAACAUUUUCCAAAAGACCAAAAAGUGAAAAAGUAUAUUUUAACAAAACGCAUUUGACUAACAGGUCGAACAACUGAUGUUCUUAAACCCUGCUGACUGCCAUUGGCGAUUGCCAAAUAAAUUGAUCACCAGAUGUAAAAAAUGGAUCUUACAUAUCAAUUUAAUACCAAACAGAAAACAAAAAAAUAUAGAUAUAGAUAUACUACAAGUAAAUGAUGUAAAAUUUGGAGUUUAAAUCAUGUUUGAAUGCAUUUUUGUUUACUUCCUAUUACACCUUUAAAGAAACACUAAUAUGCUUCAGCCAGAAUUUUUUUUUUAGGAAUUUGUUAUAAUUGUGCAGGAUGAUACACAUUUCAAUAGAGUUGUUGAUUAAUUAGUAUUUUUGUUUACUUUAUAUUAUAACAAAAAUUGUAACAUCUUUUCCUGUUUUGUUGAAUUCUACAUCAUUGUAGAUUAAAAAAAUGGUUUAUGUUCAGUUUACACAUUUAAUUGUGCAUAUCUGUUGCCAUUAGAAAUGGCAUCCAUAAUUAAAUAUCUUUUGCACAAAUGUUUACUGGUUGUAGAUUUGGUCUGCAAAAUGCUUCUAGAGUCAAACCUCCAAAAUUUUUCGAUAAGCUCGAGUUUUUUCAUAUGAGUAUUUGAAUUUAAGAUAAAUAUGUACAAAUAUUGAUUCAUACAUGUACAUGAUUGUUUUGUUUCCACGAUGUAAUCACUGGCCCUUACGUGUUAGAUUUUUAUUUGUUUACUGAAGUGCAAUCUAGUUUUUUGGCUGUUCAGGUGUUGCUGUAUUGUAAAACAAGUGUGAUCAUAGAUAUGAACUCAAAACUUAAAUUAUUUUUAUGUGUUUGUCCCUUAUUUAAACAAUGCCUUCCAUAGCUACCAUAUAUGCUGUAAAAGAACAGGCUAAAUUGUCUAUGUAUAUGUACAUUGUAAAAAGAUGUGAUUAUAUCUAUUAGUUUUUGUCAUUUAUUGAUUAAAUGAUUUUUAACCACA